GCUCUGAAGAAGACGAAAGUGCUUUUUGAUGGAGUUUGACGAAGAAAUUAACAGGCAAUUGAAUUCAGGUCCUCAGUCAUUGAUAGUGAAUACGAUAUUACGAUAGAUGACAUCAUAACUUCGAAACUUAAAGUAUCGAAUUUUGAAAUGGAUCAGGGAGGUAUCUAUGAUUUUAAAGAAGACGACCAUUUAGAUCAACGGUUCAUGUUUUCAAGGAGGAAUGAAAACUUGAAUUCUUCGGGAUUUACUUCAAGGCAACAAUCUGUUGGCAACUGCUAGCAAUUCACCUCAAACCGAUGAAAAAUGGACGCUGAAGCAUAAGGAGUACUCACCCGGACAUGUCGAGCUUAUGCCAAAUACUGGUGUCUACAUUGAAGAGGCAGAACUCUAAAAUUGAUUGAAAUCUUCAAAGACAUGUACUUCAUUGACAAGACGACUCACUGCAAAUAUAUUUACUGAGUCUGUAAGUAAAUUUAUUCUGUUCCUGAUACUUAGCCGAGCGCGGUGUAAUUUACAGCACUCGACUUCAGAAUGUUUAAUCACGCAGAAAGUAACGUCAACAUAUUAUACAAAUUUAAUUUUUUGUUCGUGGAAAUGACAUCACUUGCUCACUGGCUGAGUAUUCGUUCAGAGAAGGUUUGAAUCCGUCUAAAUGCACAUUGUUAGUAGAUUCGAUGCAAAAAAAAAACUUUAGACAGCUGUUCGAUGUACGACAAAACUUGUCUAAUGAGAUGGUAGAGUUCAGCACACCCUGCCAGACAGUGUGGCGCCAAAUGAAUUAUAGCGAUUCGAGGUAGAUUGCGUGUGGAAAGUUGUAACUUUUGCAGAGUUCUAGAAGGACCUAUGGACUUUAUUACUUCUUGGCGAGGAUAAAUACACGGGUCCCACUAAAUUCAACUUCACUUUUGCUCUGAACUUCUACGGAGGAACACUACAAGAUCAAGAUGGCGCUGGUGUUAUUCCUGCUGUUCCUGAUUAUUGCUUCGAUUGGAGUCCAAUCAAGCCCUGCAAAUGACCCGGAAAUCCUUCAAGAUGCACCCAUCAAUUCAGACGACAUUCCGCUGGAAAUGGAACUAGCUUUAGAACGCGUCCGCCAGGAGGAUGCGUCAACGCCUGCGGAGCAUUGCCUGAAGUUGGGAGAAAUGUGUCGAAACUCGAAAAUUUCCUGCUGCAAGACCCAAACUUUGAAAGGCGGAGAUAUUCGGACAACCGAUGGCGUGUGCUUCUUAUUCGGCGAAGGAAGGUGUGAGGCGCGGGUCAACAUACCUAAUUACAACAGAUAUCUUGAACUUGCCAAGAAAGCUAACGAAAGUAACUACAGAAGUACAGAGGGCUUCGUUUUCAAUAUUCGAAGGAGAUACUUUCUCCGUUUUUUUUAUCGGGCUCUUCUAAGAGGCCUGUAAGCUUAAAAGAUGUAGAGAAGUAUUCAGUGUCUGUACUUUUGUACUUUUUUGAUCUCAUGUAGAUUAAGUGAAAUUGUCGUAGAUUUAAGGAAUUGAUACAGUAAAUUUGUAACAACAUA